AUGAAGUACAUCCAAUCCUCCGAAAUCCUCGACGUUCCUCAAGACGUUUCUCUCGUCAUCAAGUCGCGUAACAUCCUCGUGAGAGGCCCUCGCGGUGAGCUGAAGAAAGACCUGCGCCACAUCGACGUCACCUUCACCAAGUUGUCCAAUACACAGAUUAAAAUCACUGUUCACAACGGAGACAGAAAACAUGUCGCCUCGCUGAGAACCGUGAAAUCUAUCAUUGCCAACUUGAUCAAGGGUGUCACUGUCGGCUUCAGAUACAAGAUGAGAUUCGUGUAUGCACACUUCCCUAUCAACGUUAACGUUGUUAACGAGGACGGUCAGGAGUACGUCGAGAUCAGAAACUUCUUGGGAGAAAAAAGGCUCAGAAAAGUCAAGGUGUGGGAGGGCUGCAAAGCCGUCAUCUCCACCGCCCAGAAAGACGAGCUGAUUGUCGAGGGAAACUCUCUCGAGAACGUGUCACAGACGUGCGCAGAUAUUCAGCAGAUCUGCAGGGUCAGAAACAAGGAUAUCAGAAAGUUCUUGGACGGUAUCUAUGUUUCCGAAAGAGGCCACAUCGUGGAGGCCUGA